UCUUUUUUAAUAUUAGAACAAGUGGGGUGUAAUAAUAGCUAUAAGUAUGUUGUUGGAAAAAUAUAUGAAAUCAUAACAACAAGUGAUCUUGAUUUGGAAAUUAUAUAAAAAUAUGAAGGUGUUUGUGUUGGUUACUGUCCUAGGACUUGCUUCUUGUGCUAGCUUAGACAACCUUUACUUACCAAGUCAAAGGCUUACCAAUCAAGCUUCUGAAAGCCACAAUCAGGUGCCAAUUUUAAAAUUCAAUUCCAACAAUGAUGGCGAAGGCACUUACCAAUACAACUAUGAAACUGGUAACAGUAUUUCUGCUCAAGAACAAGGUGACGCUAGAGGUGAUGGUACCAAAGCUCACGGUUCCUAUUCAUACAUAGCACCAGAUGGCCAACAUAUUUCCAUUACAUACACUGCUGACGAAAACGGUUUUGUGCCACAAGGUAGUCAUAUUCCGACUCCACCGCCGAUUCCAGAAGCUAUUUUGAAAGCUCUGCAAGAAAACGCAGCAGCUGAAGCUAGAGGAGUUUUCGAUGACGGACAGUAUCGUGGAGAAGGACUGAGUGAGGGACAAUACAAGAACGAAGGUGUUGAAACUUUUGCCAGAGUCAAGUCUGGAGGUUAUGCUGCUAAUGGAGGAUAUACAUAUUGA